GAUGGCACACCAUCACUGAUGUUUUGGCGCUCUGACGGUGGAUCACCUCAUCCGGAUGAAAUGGACAUUGGAGCGUAUAUUCUGAGUGAAUAUAUACCCGCCAAGCCGCUGGUCGGCAAUCUGGAGGUGUGCUUCACGGGCGAAGAGCAGACACCCACUGAAGCAUGUGCCCAACUAAGAUGUGGCGAGGCUUUAAAGUUCCCAUUCGCCCGCCCGGGUUCCCAGCCAAGGGCAGUAGCGAUAAAGGAGAGCAAGGUGCUCGUGGCUGCAGAUAAGGCAACGGAAACAAAACGCGUGGUUGAACUGUCCCUGGAAUCUUUUUUUGAUUAUGAGCCGGGGGACACCAUAGGAGUUGUGCCCAGCAAUGUAACCGAAGUAGUGGACAACCUGCUCCAGCGGCUGGAUCUUAGCAACCAUGCUGACACCACUUGUCACUUAAAGUUGGCGCUCAACUGCGCCAAGAAGAACGCCAAGCUACCUGCUCACAUUCCGGCAACAACGAGCCCCAGGGAGAUUCUCACCCACUGCCUGUCUCUGAACUUCGUUCCGCAGAAGCAGCUUCUUAGUGCCUUGGCGGGAUACACAAGCAACGAAAAGGAGCGAUGCUUUCUAGCCUGCCUCUCUUCCAAACAGGCAGCGGAGCACUACCAAUCUCUUAUCCUGGAGAAGGGACUGUUCUUCUUGGAUAUUCUAGAGCUCUGCAGCAACUGCAAGCCACCGCUGGCCUUCCUGGUAGAGCACUUCCCUCGUCUGCUUCCCAGACCGUAUUCGAUAGCUAAUAGUCCUUUGGAAGCUGGCAACCAGGAACUCCGCAUUAUCUACUCCCUUCUGAGCCACAAGCCUGGAGUCACAACAAGCAUGUUGGGGGCCAAAGCAAAGCAAAUCAAUCUUGAAAAGUCUACUAAAGUGGUCAUCUAUCCACGUCUUAGCAACGCAUUCCGCUACACAGAACAGGAUCUUAGCAGCAACAAAAUACUCAUUGCAGUGGGCACGGGACUGUCCCCUUUCCUUGGAUUCCUCGCCCACAAGGAGAAGCUCAUGUCACAGCAGCCGCAGCAGGAAACAGGAAAAUCCUGGCUUUACAUAGGUGCCAAGACGCCAGAAGCCAUUCUCAAGCGGGAACAGUUGGUGGCCUGGCAGGAAACCUCAGUGCUGGAGCGAUUACGCAUGUGUCAUUCGAGAGGCGAAUCCCCCAGCUAUGUACAACAAAUGCUGGAGGAGGAUGCCGAGGAUCUGGUCAAGUUCCUUCUGAAAUCAGAGACUGUGCUUUACCUCUGUGCCGAUGGCGCCAAGAUUUCCCAGUCCAUUGAAAACGGUUUAGGUCAGUGCCUGCAGAAAGCUUUGCAUCUUACGGAGGUGGAGGCCGCACGACAGCUAAAGGAACUGAAGACGCAGGGCAAAUAUCGCGAGGAUGUUUGGCUGUAAAUGGACAGACUUAGAACAGUCAAAGUAAUAGCCUCUCAGAUAUUGCCUCUCUAGAUGCUUUUAUAUUUUAAUCUCUUGUGUUUGUUUUUAAUGUACUUCAGACAUUUUAAUGUUUUCUUACAAAGAUCUUCCGCUUUUGUUGUUUUCAGCUGUAUUGCUAGAGCAAACGUAAUUUGAACAAUGUAAAAAAAGUGUAGAAAAAAUGGAAUAUAUGAUUAAUUCUAAUUUAGAAUUUAAUGGAAGCAAUACCCAAUCCCAAGCUGAAACCCCCUCAGGCUAUUAAUUUGACUGCAGCCUUAGCAUAAAUAUGAAUCUAACAGAGUGCUUUGGUCGAAUAAGUAAAUAACGAUAUAUUUAACAACACAAAAUAAAAAUUACAGUGCAAGGUAAACUAAAUACAUACAAUUGUGAGGGGCCAACUUCAAUGAUCGAAGUGGAUGGGGACUAAAUUGCAAAAUAAAUCUAAAUAAUGGUAGAAUAUACGAAUACGACUUAGGUUCCAAGCAAACUAAACGUGCGCACAUAAAACAUAAAACUUAUUGUGGGAUUUGCUCAUUGCAUUUAAGCGAUCGUUAAAGCGCUAGUGUAUCGUUACUGCUUUUCCGCUCCUCUAAAUAUCUAGAUCUUCGCUUUUGUUUAUCAUACUGUUUAUGUUUAUUUUGGCAAGUCGGGUCUUGACCUUGCACAUUAAUAUGCAUUUUGUAUUUUAACUACGUUUAGGUUUAAUUGAAAUAGAGCCAAUUCUUUUAGUGUAUAUAAUAAUAUAAUUACGAAUCGAUCAAAAUUGAUGUCAGCUUCUCCUUUCUCCUAUU